AUGCCGGAGCCGUCCCCGAGUCCCGGAGGAGUACACACUUGCCUAAACACGGUGUGGGACUAUUAUUAUAGAGACACACGUACUCGUAGUGAGUACGGAAAGUGUGCACUCGCGAUUCCGCGAGAAUCAGUAGCAGCAGCUGCGGAAUUAGUGGAAGAAGUUCGCCCACUUGUUCUGGGUCACAAAUUGAUUGUUGCUGUACCUCAUGAAGUUGAACUUUUACUAACCCGAUAUGCUACCAAGUCUCUCUCACCGCAGCGCACACAUCGAUAUGAAGCCAUCCUGUUACUGACUGAUAAUAUCUCUUUAAAACGGUCAAAACCCUUAAACCCAUCUACCCUUCUACCUGAGGUGCACCUUUCCAAUGACCCACACGACUGUGUGCAAUUUGUCACCACUUAUUCUAAAACCAGAGAAGAUUUGCAAGAUGUUCCUCUCGUCCACCCUGACCUUAACCUGUUCACAGACGGAUCAAGUUACUAUCUGCAUGAAAUUGCUGUUAUUUACAUUCCUGCUCAUACUAAACGCCUUGAUUCUUUCGCUCAUGGCAACGCCUUGGCCGACUCUGCGGCGAGAGCGGCAGCAGUCCACGAUGCAUCUCCUGCUACAACUGUGGUUGCUACCCUUCUUCCUUUUCCCAUUGGUCCUGCCCUUUAUGAUGAACUGGAUGAAGAAGAGCUCAACAAAUGGAAACGCUGGGAAGCAACGCAACAGGAUGGCAUCUGGAAACUAGGGAAUAAACCCUUAUUGCCUAUGAGGUAUGUCCUUCCUCUAACUUGCUGGAUUCACGAUCAUACUCAUGGGGGGCCUGAAGCUGUAGCUUCUAAAAUCCAACAGUUGUGGGCAGCGCCUGGAGUUUACAGUGCUGCAAAACGCCUGACUGACUCUUGUACUCUUUGCAAGAAAUAUGGGGUCACAAAGGUCACAAAAGUCCCUGGCAAGCGGCCACCUGUUUACUUUCCUUUCCAGAAACUGCAAAUUGAUUUCGCAGAACUCCCCCCUUCUAUGGGAUAUAAGUACAUUCUUGUUAUUGUUGAUCAACUUUCGCACUGGGUGGAAGCCUUUCCUACUUGCAAGAACGAUUCGAAAAUUGUGGUUAAGACCCUGCUUCGUGAUAUCAUUCCAAGGCUGCCUUUCACACACCCUACCAUCCACAAUCUUCUGGACAGGUAGAGCGGAUGAAUCGCACUAUUAAAGAUCGUUUGGCAAAAGUCACUGCAGGCACAGGUCUCAAAUGGCCUGAAGCAUUACCGCUUGUUUUAUGGGAUCUUCGUACAACUCCUCAUGCUACUACUAAACUCAGCCCUGCUGAAGUUUUGUUCGGGCCAGUUUUGGCAGUACCGUUUACCUUUAUGUCUGCCAAAACUGCCCUCCUGGAAGGGGACAAGGCAGUAAUGCAGUACUUGCUCUAUCUGCAAAACAUUCUUGCUCGGAUCAGAAAUUAUAUGCAUUGGUAUCAAGGAGUGACACCAGAAAUUCAAGAAUUGCGUAACCUAUCUCAGAUUGUUUUACAGAAUCGAAUGGCCUUAGACAUUUUACUAGCUUCACAAGGAGGUGUCUGUACCAUGCUAAACUCCAGUUGCUGUAUGCAUAUCGAUCAGAGUAAGCAAUGGAUGACUUCCUGGAUUCCUGAUCUCGGAACGUUAGUGAAGAAGAUUUUGAUGAUUGUCAUUGUCAUUGUAAUUGUCUUUGUGAUCAUUUUUGUUUUGAUUCAAUGUAUGUCAAUGCUUUGUAAUUGUUGCUGUAAUCUCUUGAAUCAACAGAAGCUUUAUUAUCGUUAUCAGUAAAUUGGGAAAUUUUAAAGAGAAAAUGGGGGACUGUUGUAGGAAAAUAGGAAAUUAGGAUUUUAGGCCUAUAUCAGUGUUAUAAGCUGUGCUGCUAAGGCUGAAAGUCUCAGCUUGUCCCCUGUAUAGUCCUUACCCAGAACCAUGAGCGUGGUUACCUUAUGCUUGCUUUGUACCCUUAGUUAAGACAUUGAUAAAUGCUAUUCUAAGGGUUGCUGAUUUCUAUGCUAGACUGGUGAACUAUGGAUAACAAAUGAGACAGGUGGAACUUCAAAAGAAGCUAGCCCUGCGACCCGAUGACCUGUCGUUCGGUACUUGCUAACAAAGAAGAAGUGGAACCUGCAGACCACUGGAACGGAAGGAACCUGAGGAUAUCGACAGUGAUAGAUAUCGACAGUGAUAGACAGUGAUAGAUUUUGCUUAGUUGCAUAAUACCUGUUAGAACCCUAUAUAAUGACUAGUUAUACUGCUGUAUGAUUGUCACUCUCUGAGGAGGUGCCCCAACGCUGCUGUUCCUGUGAACCUUCUACAAUAAAUACUGCUCAGAGUAACCCACAAGAGUUCGAAUCUCUACCCAGCGCCUACCUACGACCUUUUUUUCAGCCUUCCUGGCCACAAGGGCACAGUGCUGGCUCAUGGUCAUCCUGUUGUCCACCAGGACCCCCAGGUCCCUUUCCUCUACACUGCUCUCUAAUAUGUAAUUUCCCAACCUAUACUGGAACCUGGGGUUGUUCCUGCCCAGAUGCAGGACUCUACACUUUCCCUUGUUAAAUUUCAUUAGGUUAUUCCCCGCCCAACUCUCCAGCCUGUCCGGGUCCCGCUGGAUAGCAGCACAGCCUUCUGGCGUGUCAGCCACACCUCCCAGCUUAGU